CUCUCACGUGACCAGCCUGUCUGUCCUCUCCUCAGUCCGGAUCUCUUUGUUGUGGUUGCAGCUGCUGCUCUCUUUACGCACCGCGUCUCCGCUCCAGCCGGAGCCGUGUACCGCUUCACCGCCGCGCGGACAGACACAGCCGGAGCGACUGGGAACCGGGACGUGCAGGGUCGCUACGUGCGCGACAUCCCGCAGAUAUACGCUGAAUUACAUCAAUAUACCUCAAAGGACGCGGAGCUUCGGGUGCGGAGGACGGACUGAUGGCGAGAAUGCUGCCGCUGCCUCCUCUGCUUCCUCUCUGGACACACCGGACCGCCUCCGAGGCUUCCUGAACGCGGAAUCAGGCGAGGAGCUCCCUGCACAUUCCUCCAUCUUCACCACAGACUUCUGCGCUCUCUCUGCUGCUUUCUCUCCAGCCUUUGGCGCUCUCCUGUCAGCGGGACACAGCGUGAGGCAGCCGGGGUGUUAGGCUAUCUUUUGCGGGAUUACGCUCAAUUGUUUGCACGCCUUUUAAACUGUAUCGAGUACCGAGUGAUUUGUCCGCCUGUCUCUGGAGAUUGGAUCACCAUGGUGUCAGGCCCUGGAAGGUGUUCCGGGCGUCCCGGCGGGGUUGUCCGGUACCUGGCGUCCGCCUGCCUGCUGUCUCUGCUGCUCUACCUGCCGGAGGCUCGGGCGUCCUAUAGCCCACAGAGCGGAGAGUGCAAAGGCAAAGGGAAGGACUGCACAGAUCUGUCAGAGAAGAAGAGCGACCUGAGGGUUUGCGAUGACUCCACCUGUCGAUUCGGAGGCGUCUGCAGAGACGACGGAGCUCAGCUCAAAUGCGUCUGCCAGUUCCAGUGCCACAAACACUACGUCCCUGUGUGCGGCUCAAACGGAGACACCUACCAGAACGAGUGCUACAGGCGACAGGCGUCCUGCAAACAGCAGAGAGUCAUCUCCCGGGUGUCCGACGGGCCCUGCUCCGCCGAUCCUGGUUCCGGCUCAGGAGACGGAGACGAUGAUGAGGGGUCGGCCUCUGACGUUGGGAAGAAGUUCACCAAGUGCAGCACGUGUAAAUACGGAGCCGAGUGUGAUGAAGACUCGGAGGACGUCUGGUGCAUAUGUAACAUCGACUGCAGCGGCCACAAUGAAAACCCGGUGUGUGCCACUGACGGGAACUCCUACAACAACCCCUGUCUGGUCCGAGAGGCGUCGUGUAUGAAGCAGGAGCAGAUCGACGUCAAACACCUGGGCAGAUGCCCCGCUGAUAAAGAGAAACUGGGGAAGAAAGACGACAGCAGUCCUUUCAAAGUAAACGUCUUAGAAACCACAGGUCUGGACCACGGUGACGGUUUCUACGCCGGGAUGCCGAUCCCCUGCGCUGACAGCUACGCCGGCUUCUGUGUUCACGGGAAAUGUGAAAUCAAAUACAACAUGGCCACCUGCAGGUGUGACGCAGGCUACAAAGGCUCUCAGUGUGACGAGCCUCAGGACUUCAACAUCCUCUACGUGGUUCCCAGUGGACAGAAGCUGCACUACGUCCUCAUCGCCGCCAUCAUCGGCGCCGUGCAGAUCGCCAUCAUCGUCGCCGUGGUGAUGUGCAUCACAAGGAAAUGUCCAAAAAACAACAGGGGUCGCCGGCAAAAACAAAACCUGGGACACUUUUCCUCGGACACUAACUCCAGGAUGGUAUAGCCGUGUUUGUCUGCGUUCUUUUUGAUAAGUGUUUUCUUACGGCGUGGGAAUACCAUUUUUUUAACGGUAGACGUGUAGUAUUAAUUAUUAUUUUUCUCUCCUGGGAAACCGUAAAAAAAAGAAGAAUGAGAAUAUUUAUUUAAGGGGCCUUAAUUUCUCUAUUUUGUUUCUGGAUGGAAUCGUUGCACAUUCAUUUGCACGAUCAGGAUUUGUCUUUCUUUGCCGCAAGACCAACAACAAGGAGGCGAUUCGUCAAAACUCGCUGUCACUUUACAUCGUUACCAUGUUCGGAUGUCUUAAUUACUUUAAAAUGAUUCAUUAGAGGAUUUGUUUAAUGCAUUAUAAAUACGGUACCUUUUGGUAAACUGCUAACAGAGUAAUGGCCGCCCCUGUGGAAUGUGAUAUUUAUUGAAAAGGAUUAUUUCGACGCCCCUCUCUGUUUUACCUUUUACUAAUAAUGUGCAGCUGAUCACCAAAUGCAGUUUUAAUUAGUCUGUUUUUGUAGGAGGUGAGUGGGGGCAGCCAGUGAUAUAGAUACUGUAUGUUUACACUUAUUCUUUGGUAUGAAAGUCCAUGUAAAGACUUCACUGUGUUCAAACAAGCUAAUAAUUUAUUAUUAUUAUUAUUAUUUUCUUUAAAGUAGUUUUUACUUUUUAUGUUAACUUUUAUUUUAAACGUUGGUUUCUAAAAUUCUAGUUGCUGUAUAUUCGCAUGACUUGUGAAAACUGUGUACUGUGGUGUAGUUUUAUCUUUGUAAAAGAAGAGCCGACGGCCGCCUCCAUCUCUGAGCCGCAGAGAUCCGAUGGAGAUGGAAAUCCCGGAGAACAUGGCGGGGGAAGGUUUUAGUCGGUGUUAAAGAAAGGAAUGUGUUAUGUCUUUACCCGCACCAGAAAUAACAAAAGAAAACACUUGGUGGGAAACACUGAGUUCCCCUGAAACCACUUCAGCUUUGACGAGGAACAGAUUCGUGUUGAUUUUGACGCUCAGAGGCAGGAAUGUUUUUUGCAUCUUCGCCCGAGCGAAGUCUGAAUUCAGAGGAUUGUAAAGGAAGUGUGUCGACUGUUUCGGGGGAUUGAAGGACUGACUGCGCACGGAGGUCAACUCUAAAUAAUAUUUUUUAUGUAAGUCUUGGUUGCUCAGAUUGCUGUAAUCAAGGCUUUUCUUUUGAAUGUGAGAGAAUAAUUCUGUCAUUUGUUUUAGUUUUUGCAUUUGCUCCUCAGCGAGACAUUCCAAGCACAGAGGAUCCCAUACAAAAAAAAAAACUACAAUAAUCCCAUAGGCAAUAUUCAGACUUUACAGUUCUAAUGUUCCUUAAAGAUGCCAUUUUCUUCUGGUAUUUACAUGUGAUCAGAUACAGUUCCUCCAGAUAUUAGUCAGUCAUUAAAGUCUCUUAGCGUAUUAAUGUUACGAAGACAUGUACUGUGUGUAGAAAGGUAAAUAACAACCAUAACACUAGGCAUCAAUCAAUCCUAAGAGUAUGUGGACAGGAACUUUACAUCCAGUGAAUGACAAUGCUUUUCCUGUGUUGUCCCCUUGUGUCCCUGAGUUCAACCUGUUAUAAAACGCACAAAAAGGCAGAACUUUUCUUGUAGAAGAAGUCUCAUCAUUUAAUUUCUAAUUGUCAGAAUCUUUAAAUCUUGCUCUUGAGCAUAAACUCCACUUCCGUCCCCCCUCAACACUCUCAGGCCCCAUCCACACUACUGCGUUUUGGUUUGAAAACACAGACCUUUUGUUACAUUUGCACGUCCCGUCCAGACUAAAACGGCAGAAACGAAGACCUAAAACGGAGAAUUUUGAAACCGCUGCCGACCCCGCUGUUCGUUUUAAAAUUCCGGCCAGCGUUUUAGUGCGGACGGGCAAAAACAUAGGACUUUAGA